AGUGAGAAGGGAUGUAUCUUGAUGAGAUCUAUGCCUUAUAGAAAAAAAUGGAUGUACAUUUUCGCUUUUUGAAGUACACAUAACAAUCGGAUGCAAAUCCGAUGUUUCCGCAUUUAUUUAUUUAUGGCGCUUGUAGUACCAUAUUUACAACGUACGAUGAUACCAUUCAGAUUGCUAUUCCAUUCAACUUGAAAGUCACUGCCUUGAUUGAAAUUGAUAUUGAGGAAAGAAAGUCUAUCCUUAUUAUGUCUAAGCCAUUCAAUAAUACUAUUUGAAAUUUCGAGUUUUUAUUUCAUCUGUAAGAACAUGUGUUGUCGGUGUUGACACCGCGCGAUACAAAUUAGCCGAAGUAUUAGACGUAGAUCGAUGAAUCGAAGAAUUACCUAGAAUUACGGCAGCUGGUGAUAAAUAGUUCAAGAUGAUGUUGGAUGUCGAUGAAAAAGAAGAAAUCUCAAUUGUUAAACAAUCUAAACAGCGUCAAAAUAAGCUCUUGUUUGUUUUUAAAUAGUUAUGUGAGAGUCAUAAUCGAUGAUUGGAUGCCUGGAAGACGAUAGAUGGAAUCGUUGCUCAAUGUAAUGGACAUAUUAUUUUUUAAGAUCAAUAAGUUCAUCUGAUUCAAUAUGAAGGAUAGCAGUUAGAUCUCUACAACUAAGAAACAAAUCAGCACUGCUGAAUUCUUGAAAAGAUAGCAGUUGAGCAACUUUUUCCCUACAAGUUGCUGAAUAAAAUCAUAAAAAUCUUCAUUACAAAGAUCCAUAAUAUUGAAUGGAAGAAAUUUUGUGUUUAUAUUUGAAUAUUUUGAUAGAGAAAUAUGAAGAAAAACAAAAUUAUGCAACUAUUAGACUGCCCCUUAACUAAUGAAAAGAUGGAAAUGAAGUUAAACGAAUACAGAGAAUCAUUUUUCUCCUAUCUUCAACAUGCACACACAAUAAGACAAUGAUACCCAGGUGAUUUUUCAACUGUUUACAGUUCUACGUAUUCGCUCUAUAUUGAUAACUUGUGUGUCGGUAAAUAUCACAUUGAUAUAACAUUUUAAGAUGAAAAAUACAAAAGAAACACCAUAGCCUUCUCGAUUUUGAAAAGCAACCACUUGAUUCCCAGUGAUUUCAAUGAUUUACAAUGAUUGCUUUGAUUGCAAUCAGGGGGGGGGGGGGGGGGGGGGGGGGGGGGGGGGGGGGGGGGGGGGGGGGGGGGGGGGGGGGGGGGGGGGGGGGGGGGGGGGGNUCCCAAAACCCCCCCCCCCCCCCCUGUAUUUUCCCAGAUCUUGAUCUCAAUCGAUAGAAAACGGCAAUUGGUACUUUACGCGUCAUUUCUAUGACCAUGUUUCAAGGGAGGGGAAGUUGAUUCAGUCUAUCCCGGGCACCGUCGGGAUACACAGGAUACGGAGGAUACAAGAAGGAUACAGAGGAAAUAAUUUGACAUAAUGAAGAAAAUAUAAAAUGUACCCGAUCUAUUCAGUGAAAAUACUGGCUACUCAGUUCUGACAAAUAAGUGCUAUCGAUUACGAAGAGUGUAGUAUGCACUUCGUCAAAUAUUUCGAUAGUGAGUAUAUCAUUUUAUGUGAUGUAAUUAUUGAAACUUAGAAAAAUAACAAUAUUAAUUAGUGAGUGUCUAAAAAAAAGCUGCUAUGACUGAACGGCUAAGAUGGCUGGUAACUACCCAUAAGGUGCUGUGUUCUAACACUCGCCCCAUCAGUCGUAGAAUGAUCUUAUACAACUCAAUAACGACUGCAUUUUCUCGAACUGAUCAUCUAAUAACAAAUUGACUGCACCUUGACAUACACUAAAACGCCCUUGUUGGUAGUAUGUGAUUAGUCUUUAUGUACGCGGAGCUUAUGUAAUUAAGCGAUGAGAACUGAGAGUCAGGCCGGUCUUCUGUUCAGAGCUACAUUUAGUAAUAGAUUGAGGAAAAAUAUCCAGUUUUAAAACUAUCCUCACACAUCACUCUUUACCACAAGGUAGCUCAAAGGCAGUGUAUUCUUCUUUUUCUUCUUCUAGUGUCUAACGAUUCUACCCAUUUAACGCUCUCUUAAUAUGCGCAAAACCGUCGGCUGAGUCAAAUGGUAUACUACAAAAAUCCGUAACUCCUAUCUAUCUUCUUCAGUAUAUUCUAUGUUAUUUUUUUCAUCAAGAAGAAAAGGCGAAUCGUGACAUUCCUUGCAUCCUUUUCGUUUCCAUCGUAUUUCUAUAAUAUCCUCUUUAAUCCAUUAUAUCCUUCGUAUUUUCAUUAUACCCAACACAUUCCAGGUGUGUCAUUCCUAUCCCCCAUCGCAUACUAUGUAUCCGCACCAUAUCCCUCGUAUUCCAAUUGUAUCCUUCGUAUCUUCUGUAUCCUCUGUAUCCUAAUCGUAUCCAGGACAUGAGGACCCAUUGUGUCAUGGAUACGAUCAGGAUACAGAGAAUAAAUCCGGGAUACAGAGGAUGCCGGGAUACCACAAUCCGCUUUCCCGUAUUGCCUUGUGUUCUGAUUAAUAUGAUUUAUAAGACAUUUCGUUGAAAACCAAUGAAUACCCAGGUAGAACAAUCGGGCACGGAAACAGCCGGCUCUGUGGUAUUCCGGAGAUUUCAUGGAAGCAGUAUUCUGGUGAAAGGAUCCGGUGAUCGGAUUUAUCCGGUUCCGGCCGGAAUCGACAUGAACCUGUCAAAACUGGUAGCCGGAUACGAUUUCCGGAUUUCUGCAUCGAAUUCCGGACAAUUCCCAAUGGGUUCCGGUCGAAAACAGCGAGUUUGUUGCAGGCUUUCGCCGGAAAUUCACGGAAUACUGCUUCAGGAAUCAUUGUCCUGGGUAUUUAACAAACAUCUUUAGUUUCACUUGGAAGGACUUUUUUCCAGUAAUUCCGUUCUCGAUGACCGAGACGAGAACUUAAAUUUUUCAUCCAAAUCUUUUCAUUUAAUCUUCACAGUGAUUGUGUUAAUAACAUAUUCGAUAGUUUAGUUUGCGAACAUUUGCAAAGUUGUUCUGACACUAAUUUUUUUUUUUGGUUUUCCUUCGUUUAAAUAGGCAACUUUCAACGGUUGGAUUGAAAUAAUGGCUGAUGCAACUGAUAUCAAAGAAGUAUAUAGCUAUUUCUAUUCGAUUUUGCAAUACAUAUGUUUUCAUUUUAAUACAAUGUUAUAGAUAGAUGUUCAACCAGAAUAUGAAGUUAAUGUUUAUAUCCUUAUUUAUUUUGUUUUAUUUAUUGUAUUUGGUGCAUUUUUUACACUCAAUUUAUUUAUUGGUGUUGUUAUUGAUAAUUUCAAUCAACAAAAACGAAUGUUAAGUUUUCUUAUUUUUUAAUAAGAAGAAAAAGGUGUAAAAUAUUUGUUGAUUUUUUUUCUCAAUUUUAGAUAGGACUUGAUGGUUCAAUAGAUAUUUUAAUGACAGAAGAUCAAAAAAAAUAUCGAAAUGCUUUAAAAAAAAUGGUUAAGAAAAAACCGACUAAAGCAUUCCCAAGACCAAGAUUUGCUUUUGCAAGAUUUCUUUUUGAUUUAACAACAAAUCAAAAAUUUGAUAUAUUUAUAAUGAUAUGUAUUUUUCUUAAUAUGUUUUGUAUGUGUCUUGAACAUCAUAACCAAACGCAUAUUUUUGGUCUGACUCUUGACUAUAUUAAUCACGUUUUCGUCGCAAUAUUUAUUCUUGAAUGUGUUAUGAAAUUAGUUGCAUUGAAUUUUAAAUAUUUUACUAUUCCGUGGAAUGUUUUUGAUUUUAUUAUUGUAAUUGCAUCAAUUCUUGGUGAAGUAUUAGGAGAAAUUAUUACAAAUUUUUUGGUUAAUCCAACAUUAUUACGAGUUGCACGCAUUGCACGUGUGGGAAGAAUUAUGCGUCUGAUAAAAGGGGCAAAAGUUAUUCGAGCAUUGCUUUUUGCACUAGUUGUUUCAAUGCCCGCUUUGUUUAAUAUUGGUCUUCUUCUCUUUCUUAUCAUGUUUAUCUAUUCAAUAUUUGGUAUGUCAUUUUUUGGUUAUGUAAGAAAAUCGGCUGACAUAACAGAUUUAUUUAAUUUUGAAACAUUUCCUAAUUCAAUGAUUGUACUUUUUCAAAUGUGUACAACUGCCGGUUGGUCUGGUGUUUACCAAGCAUUAACAAAUGAUCAACCACCAGAUUGUGAUCCAACUCUAAACCUACCAUCUCAUAAAGGUGAUUGUGGAUAUACAGCUAUUGCAACACCAUUUCUUGUGAGCUAUGUAAUACUUACUUCUUUCGUGGUGAUAAAUAUGUAUGUCGCAGUAAUAUUGGAAAAUUUUUCUCAAGCACAAGAAGAUGUGCAACAAGGCUUAACUGAUGAUGAGUAUGAUAUGUACUAUGAAAAAUGGCAACGCUUCGAUCCAUCAGGUUCACAAUAUAUACAAUAUGAUCAACUAUCAAAUUUUGUUGAUGGUCUUGAACCACCAUUACGUAUUCCGAAACCAAAUCAUUUGUUACUUGCUGCUAUGGAUUUACCUAUAUGUGAACAUGAUCGUGUGCAUUGUGUUGACAUACUCGAUGCUCUUAUAAAAGAUUUCUUUGGUACGCUUCUUGUACCAGUAGCAGAUACUGAAGAUGAUCCAUCACAUGAAAUUGAAAAAAAUCGUCCGAAAAAUUACAAACGUAUCACAACAACAUUGCAACGUCAACGUGAACUUUAUUUAAGCCGGAUAGGUUUAAAAGCUUUUCGGACUAAUGUUGAACGACGUCGAGAUGAACGGAAAACACGAGAAGCAAUAUCUGAAAACGCUAUAGUUGAUAAACUUAUUGGAUCGUAUCACUUAAAAACAUCGGCACAAUCAAGCCAACAAUGA